UUUAACAGCUCAAACUCAAAUCUCAAUUUUCCUGCUUAAUUUUGUGUUUUCAAGUUACAUUUCUAUAAAAAAUCGCAUGAAAGUAGAUCGGCUUGCAAGUAAUUAAUGUGCUCUAAAUAUUUUUGGUUCCAUAUGCAGACACAUAGAUGAAGACUCCUCGAAAGUCUUCAGGGGGCAUCAUGCGCAAGUACUACCAGCUGAUACUGGUGAUCGUCUGCUGCGUCAGUGUCGUCACUCUCCUGAUAUAUCGACAUGAAUACUACAGGUUACGAUACGUACUCGAGGUACUCAACAUCUUCGGAAAGCCCGGUCUUUCAGAAAUUGAGUUCUGCGGACCCGGCUUCAACGCUACGCUGCUGACUGAAAUACUAAGAAACUCCUCCAUGGAGGUCAGAGAGAAGCCACCACUAUUCCAACAGAUAGAUGAAAACUUCUACUCAUACUCUUCAUUUCUUAGAUCACAUCAGAAAUAUGAGAACCUUCAGCCAUCUGAGGCGCAUCACAUUGAUACCAUUGUGAUAGGAAAAGCGAAUGUGCUGCCACAGUUUCGGUGCAAUAUUUGGCUUGAAAAUGUAAGGAAACCGAAACCUGGCAAGUUUGCAUUCAAAGCUAUGGGGGAGGCAACUAAAGAUUAUCAGCUGUAUGUGUUCCACUGUUCUAUGCCAAAGAAUCUUGGGAAGCCAGAAGCUAUAAGCUUUUACAUCAAUGAUUACAACAUCAACCCUAUUCACGCUCCCAUCAUCAAGGUAAUAGAAGUUGUGACUAAAAUAAAACCAAGACUGAACUCUAAUAUAAGGUUUAUCAAUAAUAUUGAACCAGCAAUCUGUGUCAUACCAAACCAAGUGCCGCUGGUGUCUAAAGCUGCAUUUAUAGAGUUCCUUGUGUUUCACCACAUGCUUGGUGUGCACCACUUCACAAUUUAUGACAGUACUGUGUCAGAGGACAUCAUUCGAAGACUGAAUUUGAUUCCGCCAGAUAUAACUCAAUGGGAAAUUCAAUUUUUCCCUCUCAAUUACCCAUUCAUAUUUUCAAAGUCUUAUGAAAUUGUUCGUAAAGCUGUUGAGCUAGACUGCCUCUUUAGACAUUUCAAGAUGGACAGAGAAGAGAAUUCCGCAGCGAGCCAUGCAGUGGUCCUCUCCUGGGAUGAGUUCCUCGUUCCUCGGUUCCACAGCAACCUGAAAGCGGUGUUUGACGAUUCAGACCCCACUCGGAAAGUCAGAUCAUCAAAAAUCAAAUCUCUGCUUUUCUGCUUGAACCAAAAUGAUGAUGACAAUGCAGAAGUAGGUUACCCAGAAAUCAUAAGAAAGACACAUUAUUUCAAGUUGCCUGAGGAAAACAAGCCAAUUUAUGUACGGAACUUUGAUUCAAUGACUUCUUUUGAUGAUAUUUUCAAUCUGGAAUCAAGUACAAAUGUAAUUUCAGUUGAUAUAAUGGCAGUUCAUAAGUAUACGGAGUGUAGGGACGGCAAGAACUUCCAGGCUAGCGGCUCCGAGUACAAUGAGACGCAGAUGCAGGUGUUCCAACACAAGUUUGAAGGAGCCAUGCUCAAGUACGGCCCCAGUUUAGUCAAUAACAAGAUAUACAGGCUGUACAAAUCCGGACAAAUAUGGGAGAAGCAUGACAAUGAAGAUAUCAGGGAAAUGUUGUGAAGUUAGUUGAUAAUUUGUUAAUUUUUAAGUUGAAGUUAAUGAAAAUCAUGAUCGUUUAAGUAUGUUAGAUGUAUAUUAUACAGUAUUUAUAAAUAUUCGGAACAGGUAAUGAAGGCAAUAUUGAAUGGAAUGUGAUUAAUUGAUAAAAUAUAACGUAGAUUGUAGUACAAAGAAUAUAGGGAAUGUUCAGUACUUGGUUAGAAAUGUUAGAAUGGAGAAUCACCAUUUAUGUAUAGUUAUUGGGGGAAGUGUUGCUAGUGAGGUUUACUUUAUGAAGGUCCACCUUUCUACAUCGUACCUACAUAUCAGACCAAAGGAUUUUCAUAAAUGUAUGGAGAAACGGCCUCGGCAAAGUGCCAUGGCGUCCGAUGUCGAAAGGUUGACUCAGUCUAACAGGUUUAGCUGAACUUAAACGGGUAUUGUUCAUGUGUUCAGAUUUCAAAUAUUAAUCACCUUCUCUCAUAACAGCUAUGUAUGUAUUAGGAGCAUUACCUACUGUCUCCAAAAUUCAAUAAGUAUAAAGCAAAAAUAAACAUAACUAUGAGUAUAUUCCAUUUACUACAGCUUUAACGUAAUAGAAUUAAGAUUUAAAAUCACAUAGCACUUCCAGUCUUUGUAUUUACGGACAGCCAGUUCAUAUAUUCAAUUUGUUGUAAAGCUGCGUACAGACCGGGCCAACGAACGCCCAACGAACGCCAACGGUUAUCCCAACGAUGGAUAUUUAUCAUAAAUAAUAUAGGGCAGAUUGCAGCAACGAAGGUCAACGAAACCCGUUCGUUGGGCCGGUCUGUACGCAGCUUUAGACUAUGUUAUACUUACAUUUACAUACCUAACAAUAUCAUCUAAGAAAAUAUAACGCAGAAGUUUGUUAUUAGGUACUUACCUAAUUAAGUAAUUUUGUAAUAGUAUUGAAUUUAUUAUAAUAUGGACCAAAUUGAUUUUGUGUUCGCAUCUGAUAACUUUGAUAAGUCAUGAACACUUGUUAUAUGCAAAAAGUCUUCAUGACUUAAGUAUCUAUCUUUUAUCAAUAUCUUAGUCAGCUGGGCAUAGCUUCUUCUCACGAAAAUCAUUGAAUAAAAUCAUCUUUACAUGUUCUUAAAAUAAUAAAAUUUGAUCCAUUCGUUUUAUAACUGUUAGUAAAGAUAGCAGAUAUUACUUUGCUCUCGAUUAAGUACUGAUCAGUAAUCACUAAUCACCUAAAAUUUGAUAUUAAACUAGUCAUAAAAUGAUUGUUUUUUAAUGGUAGCUACUUAUGUGGAAUUAUUAUUACCUAGAUCAUUAGAUAAUGUGCCUUGAAAGUGGAAAAAGGUGACUAGCUAGAUAUAAUUAGUUAUAAAUAUUCAUCUAAUAUUACUUAUGUAUGUAAUUUAAAGUUUAAACCUGUUUUUGCACUUUUUACUAUUUUUAUUUCAGCGCAUUUGUUAAUUUACUGAGCCAUUUUUUUUGGCGUUGUAUAAUACCUAGUUAAUGAUGAUAAGUACUAUUAAUGUUAUUUAUACUUACACUUUUAAUAAAUUUUCAAUAGACGCUGA